AUGAAAAAUUCCACACAGCUUUCAGAUUUCAUACUUGGCGCCUACUUUGACGGUGGGCCUUUCAGGUCAUUAUAUUUCACUAUAGUAAUGUCUCUGUAUGUGUUUAUAUUUGGAUCUAACCUCCUGCUGAUUGUGGUUAUCUGUGUGAACAGAAGCUUACAUGAACCUAUGUACAUGUUUCUGUGCAGCCUGUUUGUGAAUGAGCUGUAUGGUAGUACAGGGCUGUUUCCGUUCCUCCUGAUUCAGAUCCUCUCUGAUGUUCACACUGUUUCUGCUCCUCUGUGCUUCCUGCAGGUUUUCUCUGUCUACUCUUAUGGAAGUGUAGAGUUUUUAAACUUAGCCGCCAUGUCUUAUGACAGAUACCUUGCUAUCUGUUGUCCUCUGCAAUACAACGAACUGAUGACAGCUAACAAAGUUACCAAACUCAUUGUAGCGAUAUGGUCACCACCACUUCUUGUGAAUUUCCUGACACUGCCUUUGAUCGUUCCUUUAAAACGGUGUGGAAACAUUAUAAACAAAGUGUACUGUGACAACCAUUCCAUCGUGAAGCUGGCCUGCUCUGACACCACACUGAAUAACAUCUAUGGUCUCACUGUUAGUGCCUUGUCAGUCUUUGGGCCUUUAAUUGUAAUCCUGUACACCUACAUGAGGAUCCUUAAAGUCUGUUUUUCUGGAUCCAAACAGACCCGACAGAAAGCCGUCAGCACCUGCACGCCUCACCUCGCUUCUCUGCUCAACUUCUCCUUUGGAGCCUGCUUUGAAAUACUGCAGAGCAGAUUUAACAUGAACAGUUCACCAAAUAUGUUGAGGAUAUUUCUAUCACUUUACUUUCUAACAUGCCCACCACUCUUUAACCCUUUAAUGUAUGGACUGAAUCUCUCCAAAAUCCGUGUAACAUGUAAAAAUCUUAUAACACAUAGAACUUGUUAG